AUGCAUUUCUCGCGCAAGCGAUUCCGCCCCCUCGACUUUGCUGAGGAGCGCGCCGUUCACGUCGGCCAGCGAGUUCAGCUCCUCCCACUAGCAGACGAGCAGUCGUACUGCUUUAGCUGGCCAGAGGCACCGCUGACGCAGUGGCUGCAGGAGAACGCAGCGUACGCGACACUGUAUCAGCUCAUCGCAAAUGCCAGUGGCGGGUCUCUUGGGGGCAGCAGCGCCUCCACGACAAGCCGCCAUGACGCACUCAGCACAGCUGGUCUUAAAGACGAUCAUUAUAAUGUUGGGAGCAGCACCGGUAGCGUUGGAGGCCGACGAGACGCACUGGGGAAUUCACCGGCGAGUGCGGUAUCUUCGUCCGCCACCUUGGCAUCGUCCAGACGCCGCCAAGUGGACCUCCCACCUGUGUUUACCCUCGAUGACGUGGGUGAACCACGGUUGUUGUUUUCAACGCCCUCCGCCAGCGGAAUUCUCCUCGGUCCCCCAGCGGCCACGUCUCAUCCACGGUGUAGGUGCGACGUGGAUUCACUCCUUCUUCGCCUCCAACACGACAUCGAUGCCGUAAAUCAGAAUGCGUCCUCCACAGCUGCCGCGCGUGACGACGGUAUACCAGUAAUUUCUACAUCCUCUGUGGCGGCCACAGCACAAGAGUUGCGCACCGCGAAGUCGCGCAUUGCACAAAUGGAUGGAAAAACUGGCGAUCUCGCGGCGCCGCCUACUUCGAUCGUCAUCGAUGCGGAUGCUCCGCUCGCUGUGCCGCACCCGCUGGCGCCACCGCGGCCGCAGAGCAUCACGGAGGAUUCCAUUUUCACCCUUUCAGAGUCGCAGCUGAUCGACUUGGCAGUUGCAGGGCUGCCUGCUCUGUGCGCAGCAGAAGAAGCGUUCCUGUGGGAACAGGAACAGCAGCUGCUGCUGCAGCGGCGGGAGUCGAAGGACAAACAAAGACUCGCAGAUGCAAAGUCAGGGCGUCCGCAACAUGGUGCUCCACAAGACGUAGUGGAGGGUGUAUCGCCGUCGCCGUCGUCUCCUGCCAUGGUGGUGGUAAUUGAGGAAGGCGCUUGCGCGAACGAGGGCGGCGGCGGUGACGAUGCUUCUUCCGCUCCCUCGCGUGGUGCUGGUGCGGCAAACUCACUGCGCUUGCAAGAGCAGCAGCAACAGCAGCAACUCCUCAACUUUCCAGAGUCCCAUCGACGAGCUAUCGAGCAGGAGGUGGUCGGCUUGGAGUGGCGCACGUGGACACAGUCGCAGCGCACAGCAGCGGCGCUGCAGCGGCUUUUGUCGCUCGAGGCGGCUGUGCCUUUUGAGCCGUGCGGGGACGCCCACAGAGAUGCUUGGCGCGUCCGCGUCUACAGGUUGUGGCUGCGGUGGCGUCAGCAGAUCCCGCACGAAACGGAAAGUAAGAUCUCGAAAGUGUCUUGCUCCCCUGUGCAUUCAGCUACAGAUCAGAAACUCCCCCCUUCGCUCGCUUCGCCGUCACCACCGCCGCCACCACCGACGCUAUUGCACCCGUACGUGCAGCCCCAUCGGCUACCCUGGGGGGUGCCUUUGCUGGCCGGGGCGUACCUCUACGGCACGAGCAACGAUUACUUCAUCAGUCUUCCCGCCGCUGGUGCUGCACUCAGUGCGGGAGGCGGCAGUGGUGGGACACCAACCUUCUCUUCUCUUGUGGGCGGCAGUGCUGGCGGUGCGUCGAUGUGGCCCGCGGUAUCGCGGCGCAGGGGGGUGUACAACUUUCUGCGGUGGAAAGUGGAACUGCAUGAGGCGCAGAUGCCACACCUGGCCGACGGAGCUGAAGUGGACGACGACGGCGGUGAAGAUGCCGAAAACGUGCUGGACAACGACAACGACGGCGAUGCAGUGUCAGACGCGGAUGUGAAGAAGACAAAAAGUGGCAACAACAACAACGAUGCGGAAGGCGUGACUAACGGUUCUUCGUCUGCGAGGAUGAACCGGUACGCAAAGGGCCCGCUUGGGCAAACAGAGACGCUCCCCUCUGGCCGCCCAAAGCGUCGCGGUGUGUCGGACAAGUCAGAACAUGUUGAAGCAACAGCUUCUUCAUCAUCGCCCUCCUCCCCCUCCGCUGCCUCGCGCCGUCCACUGUCUUCUCGGACUCCGGCAGCACAAGCGGUAGCGCGUUCUACGCCGCAUCAUUCCCUCAACACAGUGAUGAGUGCGGCACAUAUUAAGGCGCUGAUUCAGAGCACUGUUCUGACGCAACCGCUCACGGAACUGCAGAUGGAUGACGAGCCGAGUGCGGUGAUGGAGCGAUUGGCGUGCCCCGACUUGCUCCACGAAACGGAUGCGUGGCGUGUGUGGCUCUCCAAGGUCUGA